AUGAAAACCUUAAAGUCUCCUGAAAAUGUUGAAGUUACGCCUUCUAAAAAAAAAUUAAAACAAGCUAGACUGCCUUUUAAAAUUUUAAGUGAUGUAUUACCAGAAACAGUAAGUUCUAAUACAAGGAAAAGAAAACUUUCUGUUACUGAAAGUGAGCCAAUUACAAAAAUAGGAAAAGUUACGACGGAAAACGAUUUAGUAGCGACCAGUGGUGAAUUGGUAGUGAUAAGUGAUGAUGACAGUAAAGAUACUCCACAGUUACAAAAAGAAGAUGUUAAACUGAAUCCUUACGUUAAAUUGGUUGAUAGCGCUUGGAAGAAAAAACAUCAAAGAACGAAAUCCUCUAAAAAGAAAAAAAGUUUGCAAAAAGAGACAGCUACAUCUACUAACAGUAAAAAUAUAGAGGAUGGUACUAAGGAAAUAGAUAAAUCUGCUUGUAUGGAUGUCGAUGCCUUAGUAGACGAUAAUAGUCCGGUUAGCAAUGAUAAGCCUCCAGCUACAGACAAUACUGUUUUAAAAAAUCCCUCAAAUGAUAGUUUUAUAUUAAAUAAUGAAACACACAAUAACUCGGAAGAUGAAACUUGUGUUAAUAAAAAGUUAAAUAGCUCAUCAGCCUCAAAUGUAACUCAAGAAAACUUACAGGAGACAGAAAACAUUGAUGUUGUAAUGGAUACAGUUUGUAAUGAAUAUGAUAAAGAAAGUGAUCAAGAAAAUAAAGCUGUCACACCUAAAAGAAGUAGUAGGAACAAAGUGAAGACUGAUCAGAAAAAUUUGGAUAAAUCUCAAUCAAGCAUUUGUGAAUCUCCCGAUCCUAAUACUACUCCAAAACAUAAUACAAGGAGCUCUUCAGUCACCAACACUCAAGAUGUGCCUUUAAAUGAUUCAGCUUCAUUAACUCCAAAACAGGCGCAAAAGAAACUGGAAUCGGCAAAGAAAAAAGAAGAAAGAGAAAAAGAAAAACAAGAGCGUGAGAAGAAAAAACAACAGGAAAAAGAAGAAAGAGCAAAACAAAAGCAAGAAAAAGAGGACCAGAAAAGGCGAGAACGGGAAGAGAAAGAGGAAGCAAAAAGAAAAGAAAGGGAGGAGAAAGAAGAACAAAAACGAAAGGAGAGAGAAGAGAAGGAACGUCAGAAAGAACUAGAAAAAAAAUUAAAGGAAGAAAAAGAGGAACAGAAACGCAAGGAAAGAGAAGAAAAGGAGGAAAUGCGUAGGAAGGAAAAAGAAGCAAAGGAAGAAGAAAAACGGAAAAAACGAGAAGCUCAAGAGAUAGAGCGACAAGAGCAGGAGCAAAAAAAGAAAAAAGCAGCAGAGGCAUUUGUUAAUUUCUUUGUCCAGAAACAAAAGAAUGAAAAAGACCAGCUCACAGUUGGUCCAGUCAGCAAAAACUGCAUGUUAUCCAGUUUUACUAUAAAAGUUGACAUGAGAUUAGCACCUACUACUAGAAAUAGCAUAAACGAUGAACAAAAGGAAGCACUAGACAAUUUUUUAAAGGAACAAAAUGUACCUGAAAGUGCAUUAUAUAUAAAGAACUUGAAAGAAGGUGACAGAAAACCAAUGAGUGAUGGAAAAACUUGGCCAUGCAGUGAUAAAGAAAAUGAUGAUGACGUAAUAAUAGUUGAGGAUGAUUUACCGCCAAUAGAUGAUGCCGAUGAAAUAUUGAAUUGUGAAACUGCUGUGCGUGAAAAACUACGCCCGAAACUUUUCAGUUUCCAUGAAAAUAGGCGUCCACCAUACUGGGGUACUUGGCGAAAGAAAAGUGCAUUUGUUAAACCAAGACGACCAUUCCAACAAGAUCAGAAGCUGUUAGACUAUGAAGUGGACAGUGAUGAAGAUUGGGAAGAAGAGCAGGAAGGGGAAAGUAUUGACGGUAGUGCUGCUGGUAGCGAGGAUGAACAAGAUGCAGAUGAAUACGAAGUUGAUAAUGAAGUGUUUGUGCCGCAUGGAUAUCUUAGUGAUGAGGAAGCUACAGUGGAUGAAGACGAUGUCUUAUCUCUUUCGCCCGAGACACAAAAAGCCAGACUAAAACACUUGGAAGAUGAAUUUGAAUCUGAAUUAAAGAAGCCAACAGAGAAAUUAAAACCUAGAAUGUAUGGCAUAUUAUGGGAGACGGCUGAUGGAAAUAAACCAGAAAAAUGUGUUGAUGCAUUAUGGGAUUACUUUAAGAAAUUCUCCAUUAUUAUGAAUGACUUAACGCCAUUACUUCAUCCAUCAAAUGAACCCGAGGAAACAGAAAAAAAGAAACUGAAAAAGAAAAAAAGUGUGCCUGAUGUAGAACAGGUGCAAAGUAGUGCAGAAAAAAAGAAAAAAAUUAAACAAGACAGUAAGGAAUCAAAAAAAUUAAAACCCGAGGCAAAAAACAUUAUCCAAGAAACAAUGAAAAAUCAACCCGUAAUUAAUACAUUUUUAACAAAAUUAAAGUCCCCGUAA